ACACACAUCUGAAGAGCAAACAGAUGGUGAAACCAGUAGCCCAAGAUGAGAAAACGGACUUUUUUUGAGACAGCAGUUGAAGCUGAAGCCUCAAAAGCCGGGGAGGGGGGGCGGGGGCGGGAAGCAUAGCGAUUAUGAAAGACAUUCAAAGUGGGUUAGGGGUGAGAGAAAGGUCAGCCUUUUACUUUUCCCACACCCGCUGUUUUCUGAAGAAGGAUGGUAACUCGAGCAGAAAGGUGAUGGCCAACCUCUGGGCUUUGAUGUGUGUCCCCUCCUCCCGCCCCCAUCAUGCAAGCUCUGGGGAGGUCGGAGACUAGUGUGGUUUCCUCACACCUCCCGCCAUGCUGGCACUGAGGUUAUCUAAGAGUUCACAGCCCCAUCUAAAGCCUGGAAUGAAUUAAGUCUUUUUUAGCUAAAAAAUGAACAAAACCUGAGAUGCAUGAGUGUCCUUACCAAAAGGAAGUCCUCGUUUCUAGAACAGGUCUGUCUUCGGGCCUGUGGGUCCAUAGAAUCAUCACAGAAAAAGUGAUUUCAGGAGGUCUCUCCCGCUUUCUGCUCCCAAGGCCGACUCUGACUGAGCCUCGGAGGACAGAAGGAAGCCAUUUCUGGGAGGCCAGAGCGUCCGUCUUCCAGGUUCUUGCUGUAAGUCAGCCGCUUUUACAGAUGAGGAACCAAGACCCAGGGAAAAUGGGAAGGCAGAGAAAAACCAUCAAUUUGUACCCUACCCACCCUUUGGUGACUUUUCCAAGAAGCUAGGCUAAGUUCCAGGAGAAAGCUCUGCAGAGUUGGGCCUAAAUGAGCACCAUCAAAAUGAAGUUAUUAAUUAUAUGCGUUUUGCUCGUUCAAAGAGAGGCUUGAGACUCAAAACUGUAGAUUCCUGCUUCCAAGACCUCAAGGAGAGCAGGCUGGUGGAGGAGACCUUCACCAUAGAUGAAGUCUCUGAAGUCCUCAAUGGAUUACAAGCUGUGGUUCAUAGCGAGGUGGAAUCUGAGCUCAUCAACACUGCCUAUACCAAUGUGUUACUUCUGCGACAGCUGUUUGCACAAGCUGAGAAGUGGUAUCUUAAGCUACAGACAGACAUCUCUGAACUUGAAAACCGAGAUUUAUUAGAACAAGUUGCAGAAUUUGAAAAAGCAGAGAUUACAUCUUCAAACAAAAAGCCCAUCUUAGAUGUCACAAAGCCAAAACUUGCUCCACUUAAUGAAGGUGGAACAGCAGAACUCCUAAACAAGGAAAUUUUAAGACUUCAAGAAGAGAAUGAGAAAUUGAAGUCAAGGUUGAAGACCGUUGAAAUACAGGCUACAAAUGCACUGGAUGAAAAGUCAAAACUAGAAAAAGCACUGCAAGAUUUACAGCUUGAUCAAGGAAAUCAAAAGGAUUUUAUAAAGGCCCAAGACUUGAGUAACUUGGAAAACACUGUCGCUGCUUUAAAGAGUGAGUUUCAGAAGACACUUAAUGACAAGACAGAAAACCAGAAGUCACUGGAGGAGAAUCUGGCAACAGCCAAGCACGAUCUACUCAGGGUUCAGGAGCAGCUGCACAUGGCUGAAAAGGAAUUAGAAAAGAAAUUUCAGCAAACAGCAGCUUAUCGAAACAUGAAAGAGAUUCUUACCAAGAAGAAUGACCAAAUCAAAGAUCUGAGGAAAAGACUGGCACAAUAUGAACCUGAAGAUUAAAACUGAAGAUUUCAUCUGGAAGCUACCACAUGCAAACAUACAAGCAGUCUCACCUCAGGCAUGUAUUUUGAAGCAUUUUGUCAUAUCCCCUCUCUUUAUUUUUCUAAUAUUUAGACUUCUAAUAUUUAGAACUAGAGUUCCUAUUUUCAGCUAGUUGAAAACAGAGAAAACCUAGUGAUUCUGUCUGGUCAUCCCACACACCUCUCUACUGAGUGCUCCAGAGUCUUAGCUCACAUGCACUGAGAAUUCUUUACAGCAAAGAAGAGAUUUUUAGAGUGGGAAGAAGAGGCUUAUCCUUCUGCAUUAGUAUAAAGAGUCUGUCUUUUUAAUAAAUGUUAAAGAAGCUAACAAUGUUUGUACUUAUGCAUUCCCCAUGGGUAAAAAUAAAUAAUAGCAUUAUUAAAGAUAGUUAUUAC